AUGACAUCAGCAAUUAAUCAUAUUCCACGUCUAGGUGAAAUAAAAACAAAACCAAAAAUCGGUGAAAUUCGUUUAACAACCGAUGGAACACGACGUAAAUUAUUUACUGGUACAACAUGGCAAUAUUUAUGUGGCGGUGAUCCUAAUUGUCUAAUUCAAGCUAAAUCAACAUGUCGACAUCAUAGAAGUUCAUUAACUAAUAAUACAUCAUUAAAUGAAUUAUCAUCCAUUGAAACAAAACAACCCAAACGUGGUGAUACACAAAUAUUACCAAAUGGAAAUCGACGUAUAUGGCAAGGUGAACGAUGGCACAAUUUAUGUCGUGCAGAUAAUUGUUUAAUACAAGCAAAAAGUUUUUGUAAACUACAUCAAAAUCAACGAAUGUCAUUACCAAAUACAAGUAAAACACAACAGAAAAAAACAAAUUCCUUUUCAGAUAAAAAAACUCGAUUAACAAAUCGAACACGAUCUUAUUCUUUUACUAGUCAGAAAAAAGAAGAAGAAGAAGGACAACUACAUAUUGAAUCAAUUGAUGAUUCAUCUCUUUCAAAAAUAGAUACUAUUGUACUUCAUUCACCAACUAAUAAACGUCGUCGUGCUGAUGAUAAUAUAUUUGAAGCAAUUGCUGUAUCACCAUUAAGAAAACGUGAAUUACAUACACGUAAUGGACGUCGAGUACGAUGUAAUGGGUUAAUAUGGAAACAUUUAUGUGCUGAUAAAAAAACUACUGUUUUAAAACGUAAUUAUCGAGGUCAAAGUAUGACAAAUAAAUUAUCAGGUGAAAAUAAUUUCAAUCAAAAUGAAUCAUUAACGUCAGAUACUAUUGAUUCAUCAAUAGACAAUAAUUCGAUGACUCAAAUAAAAAAUAGUAAAAAACGAAAAACUACAGGUGAUAUAAAUAAUGAAGAACAUAUUGUUCCGAAAAGAAAAUCUAAUGGACGACGUCGAAAAGGUUCGAAUAAAUCAAUCACUUUAUAUCUUGAAACAAAUUCAUCUAGUUCAUCUAUUUCUGAUAUUCCUAUAAAAGAAAAAUCAAUUGAAGAAACUAUUUUAAAUGAAUCUGAUGUAACAUUAUCAUUAAAAUCAAAUCGACUUGAUAUAAAUGAUCAGUCUAUUGAAAUUCCUAUUCAAUUACCAUCACCAUCUCUUUAUGAUACAUCGACAUCUGCAAUUCUUGAACAAUUUGGAACAAUUAUUAAAAAAGAAAUGGAUGAAGAAUCAUUAAUUUGUCUUCCACCGAUGGAUACAAAUAAAAUUGAAUUUCCAUGUGAAACAUUACAAGAUUUUAUACGUGUUGAAGAAAUGAAAAAGAAAGAAUUUAAACUUGAUUGUCAACGUAUUAGUUACCGUUUAGCAAAAAUUCAAGAUUGUAUUGGUAGCAUUUCAUCAAUGACUAGUUGA